UGGCGCGCACGGUUCGGUUUGAUUUUGUUCGGUUUCGCUUUGGUUCAAUCAGUGUUUCCAUCGACUUGUGGAAAAGUGCAUUGAAAGCAAGCGCAAUUUCCUAACAGUGGCAUUGAAGCGGCUUUGCUCAGGUUUCGUUGAUGAAAUUUUUAGUUGCCCAGCAGCGAGAUUUAGUGGCGCAGAGUUAAAAAAUCAAUAAAUAAAAAGUGCAAUAAAUUUAAGCCGAGAGUACAGCUAAAAAGGGCAAGCAAAUAUGUUGCAGCUACAGGCUGUCAUUUUCUUGAGCCUGCUCCUCCUGGCAGCCGUUCAAAGUUUUCAGAUGAACAUGACGCAGUACUACGAGAUGCCGCAGCUUUACGAUUUUGAUGACUACGAUCGCUGCCUGCAGGAGUUUCAAGGUACGACAGCGACCUAUUGCUUUGUCCGUGCCGAUGUCCAGCCAGAUAACACAGCACCUGCUUGGCGUGCCAUCGAAGAGAUCUCCAAGUAUGACAGACAUCACUUUAAUCAUCGUCAUCUCUACUUUGGACUUUGUAUGCACCAAUGCGAGGCGGAGCUGGCGACACUAGACCCUGAAAUCAGGAAGCAAUUGCAGGCUGGCAUCCUAACCGAUAAUCCCAAGGUGAACGUCUAUCUGGAACUGUUUGCCAUGGAGGCUGGCAAUCGGGCGCUUUACAAUGGACCAAGUAACGACUGCAUCAACUGGCGCUUGGAGAGACGAGGUUAUGGAGUCCGUGCCAAAAGCGUUGUCGAGUAUUGUGAUACAUCUGAUACUUCCGGCAAGGUCAUCGAAGAAGAUAUUGCCUGGAAUAUGACCUUCUAUGUGGUGCUCUGUGCGCUCGUCUCCUUGGUCUGUAUAAGCAGCUUAAUCGACUUGCAUUUGAAGCGUCGCCGUCAUGACAAAAUGCUCAAGGAGCGCGAUCAUUACAAGACCCCUCCACAAAGUCUGGCUACACGUCUGCUGCUCACUUGGUCGAUAGCCCGAAAUUGGUAUAGAUUAAAUCAGGAGCCGAAUGGCAAGAUCGGACGCGAGUUACGUUUUCUCGAUUGUUUCAAGUUCUUUGCCAUGUUUUUGGUGAUCUUUGCGCACACCAAUUGGGUAAUAUAUGAAGGAGCCAUCAGUAAUCCCCAAGAUCCGGAGAGAUUAUUACAUACACCUGCUGGAACACUGCUGAUUUCUGGAUCGCUGAUAACCGUCACGUUCUUUGUGAUCAGCGGUUUGUUGCUCACCAUCAACUGGCUGGCAGUGACCCGUGCAUAUAUGGACGACGACCACAAAAAGAGCACUUGGAAUGUGACCAAGUACGCCGGUCUCUUUGUCAAGUUCAAUGUGUUUCGAUAUAUACGCCUGACGCUGCCCUAUGCCUUUGUGCUGUUGCUGAGCGGCGUUUACUUUGAGAAUGCCGGUGGUCCACUCUGGCGACACAUCUACGAGCGGGAACAGCUCGCCUGCCGCAAGAACUGGUGGACCAAUCUGCUCUUCAUCAACAAUAUUGUGCGCACCGAUGAACGUUGCCUGCUCCAAGGUUGGUAUCUGGCAGCCGAUACACAAUCAUUUGCUCUAAGUUUAUUGGUAUUGAUUCUUGGACAUCGUUUUGGGAAGUGGAGCAAGCAGCUCUAUGCCUUUGUGCUGGGCAUCUUUAUGGUUUUGCCCAUUGUGUUGACCUACGUUAUGGAGUACUACCCCAUCUUCUUGCCCUCACCACAAACCCAAAAGGAUUCGUUUAUAGGAGAUCGCCAGUUUACGGAGUUCUACACAUCGUUUCACAUGAAUUUCGGCUCAUAUUUCUGCGGAGUUCUCGCCGCCUUGGCCUACGACCAGGUGUCUCAAAGCCAGUACAAGCUGCGUGAGCGAAUUGGCUUUCAAAUUCUUUGGUUCAGCCUGAUCCCAUUGGGCAUUCUUUGGCUCUUUACGGCUCAUCCAAUAUAUCAGCAUUACUACGCCGAAACCCCAAGAAUAUGGGGUGCAAUCUAUGCGGGACUUCAGCGCAAUCUGUGGGCAUUUGGUCUGGGCAUAUUUGUUCUGGGCAUGGCCGCCAAAGUGGGAUGGGUUCUACGCAAAUUUGCCAGUCUGCCCAUCUUUCGCAUCCUGGGUCGCCUCACCUAUGGCGCCUUCAUAGUCCAUCUGCUGGUGGCACGCGUAGCGCUGUCCACGGUGCGGAAUCCCAUUUAUUUUGGUACAGGCACAAUGUUUGCCUACAUUUUCUACGUGUUGUGUGCCUCGUAUUUGGGUUCCCUGGUUUUGGCCAUAUUUGUAGAGUUGCCGGUAUCUUCGCUUCUCAAGCUGAUGCGAUAGUUUAAGCUUUAUUAUUAAGGAUGAUGACAUGUGCUUAUGCUAGCUACUUAAACGUUGGAUUAAUCUGGCAAGAGAAUUGCAGCUGCUGACAGCGACAGAAAAAACAGUUUAAAGGAACAAUCAAAAUAGCGUUGAGCUUCUGCUUUCAAUUUAUUGCAAAUCUAGCGAAACGAGUGAACUUGAGUGAAGUUUAUUUAAAAGUGUUUUGCCCUUAAGCUGUAAAGUUAUAUUUUCUGCAAUUAAUCAACAUUGUUUAUGUGCGAUUAAGCUAUUGUCAUCAGUGGAAAUGCUAAACAUUUAACUUAUGCUAAAGUUAUUCUAGUAGUUAAUUAAUGUGCUUAAGUAACUUAACUUAAAUAAAGGUUAACAAAUAUCAUAAGAUAAA